AUGGCCCAUACUCUCCAAAUUGCAACCACCGUCUUCAACCCAUCAGCCACCUUCGCCGACAUGGAGAAACACAACGAAGAGGGUCCUUUGAACGCCGAAGGAGACACGGUCUCCAAUGGGGACAACGCCGAGGCAACGAGUGACUUUGCCACUCUGUUGAAGGAGAUCGAGGCUCGUUGCAAUACACAGACAAGAGAGAUCAAAAAGUGGCUUGCCUAUACCGAGCGUUUCAAGAGGUUCAUCAUCGAGACAUUGGAGCAGAUGGAGACGACUAUCACUCUCCAAACACCGCGUUCACCGCGUUCGCCUUCUUCGCCCCAUUCGGCACUUUCGAUCACACCCACUUAA